AUGGCUCCAGUGUUAAAACAUGGUCGAGGCAAGCCUUUGACUUCUCAAACUAAAGAAGUUUUGUACUGUUUGUACAAAUAUUUCGAAAAUGAGUGUAAUAACAACCCGAGCAGUAUUAUGACUCCCACUCAAUUAGUUGCUAAAUCAACGGGAAUUUCAAUAGCAUCCGUCAGAAAGGUAGUAUCAGAAAGCAAAUGUCGACCUUCAGAUCAGGAAGUAACAUUUAAAUCUCCUAAAAAGAAACCGAAUCGUAAACCUACAAUAGUAAUCGAUAACUUUGAUCAGCAAGUUAUCAGAAGAACAAUUCAUGACUUCCACAUCACAAAUAAAGAAAUUCCCACUUUGAAAACUUUGCACGCAAAAUUAAAAGAAGAUAUCGAUUAUAAAGGUUGUGUCAGCACGUUACGAAAACACGUCAUGUCAUUAGGUUUUAAUUGGAAGCAAACAGAAGAUAACCGGAAACUUCUUAUGGAAAAACACGAAAUUAGAUACUUGCGAAUUAAUUAUUUGAUGAAAAUUGCUGAAUAUCGUGAACAACGCCGACCAAUUGUUUACACCGACGAAACAUAUAUACAUACAUCACAUACCCUCUCGAAAUCUUGGUCAGAUGGAAGCACUUCAGGUUUGAAGCAACAUAUAUCGAAAGGCAACCGCUUAAUCAUUGUUCAUGCCGGUGGUAUGGAUGGCUUUAUACCAAAUGCAUUGCUUAUGUUUAAAGCCAACCAAAAAAGUGGAGAUUACCACGACAAUAUGAACUAUGACAACUAUUCAAGGUGGAUUCAAACUCAAUUAAUACCCAACUUACAACCAAAUAGUGUUGUUGUUGUUGACAACGCACCAUAUCAUAACUCAAUACAAAAUCCUGCACCGAAUAGUAAUUCUAGAAAACAGCAAAUGAUUGACUGGCUGACAUUGCGAAACAUUGAGCAUUCAUCCACGUUGCUUAAGCCUCAAUUAUAUGAACUGAUUCUGCAAAACAAGGCGAGAUUUGUAGAGUACAAGAUAGACGAAAUAUUACGACAGCACGGUCAUACUGUGCUGCGUUUACCACCAUACCAUCCGGAGUUUAAUCCUAUAGAAAAUAUAUGGGGGAUAGUGAAAACAUAUGUCGCAAAAAAGAAUGUCGCAAUGAAUAUGAAGGUUAUAAUGUCAUUAGCUGAAGAAAAAAUGAACGCCAUAACUGUAGAGGAAUGGAGAAAAGUUUGUCUGCAUGCUAUUGAGGAGGAAAACAAAUAUCAGGGUAGAGACGCAGCUUUAGACACAAUAUCAGAACGAAUCAUAAUUAAUUUAAAUAAUUCAUCUGAUGAAAGCGAGGAUGGGGAUGAUUGUGAUAUGCCUGGGGUUGAUGAAUUAUUAGAAUAA